AUGCCCACCCAAAUAGACAGGACUUCCUCGGAAGUGAACGCCCACAUAAACGUUUCCAAUGCUGCCUCGACAACUACAAGAGUCACGUUGGUUGGUCAGAGCCGAUUUGCGGCUAGAAGCGAUCUUGAACAUUAUAACGGGGGAAUUCGCGCUGGUCUUCGCCGGCGUCAUCCAGGCUCGACGUCAAGUGGCCUACGACAUCAGUAUGCUCUUCACUCGCUCCGAAUGAGACAGCCGCUGUCUCGAGGUAAAAUUCCGGCCGCUCUUAUCGACAAAGACGUUGGUGAAAAAGAAGUUAAAGCCAAUGCCAAAAUCCUUCAACUUUCCAGAAAUCCAGAGGUUCCUAUAUUUUUCAUCCACUUAUUUACUUAA